GGACUGCGUGGAGGUGUACUUACCAGAGAACGCCACGUACGACGAGGACUACGUGAAGGAGGUCAUCUCGGAGUCGUUGACGAGAUGCCUCGUGGGGGCACGCUUCACAGUAUACAAUCGAAGCAAGUGGACCAGGAGCGACUCAGCGUGGGACGAGUUCUGCUUGCUGGAGGGGUGCCACGGCUUGGCAUCGGCCGCGUGGGAACGCUGGUGCCGAGAGGCGCGCGACCUUGCUGCCUCGCAGUUUGAUGGCGCAAACGCGCCGACGGUGCCGCAUGACACAGCUGCUUCUCUCCUCCACCUGGCCGCGGUGAUGGACGCCCCCAUGUAUGACAGCUCGGGCGACGCCAAUGUGCCCAAGCCCGACGCCGACAAGCACGAUAGUUCCAAACAAGCUCGGGCAAAUGCGCAUCGAGAAGAGCACGCGCUGCAUCGCCGCUUGGCUACGACAUUCUUGCAAAGCGACCCUUUGGGAUGUGCCCUGGUGAUCCGUCAGACUAUGGAGCCGCUCCGAAACCUCUUGAAGCAACACCUCGAACAUUGCGGAGUUCCGUACGCAGAUCGCCAGGAAGCUGCAGCUGCCCAGAGUUGUACCAAUGAGGGUGUACCUGGAGAGGGGCGCGCGCAUCCAAUCGUCGAGAGCGCCAUGGGACAGUUCGAGGCGUCCUUCCACCUUCGGGUCAAGCUUCUCAUGGACCACCCUGCUCUUUGGGUCGACUUGAUCGCGCCCGAGAGACAGACGCUCAGUCUCCGAGGCUUUGCGUUCAGGCUCCUUUCAGCAGCAGACUGCCUCAUCCAGGAGACCCUUGACUUGCACCACAGCACGUUCCCGAUGAAGAUGUUUCGUCUCUUAGGCGGCGCCCAAUCCUCAGACAUCACUUGUUUCCCCCCCUGCAUGUACGACGAUUGGUCCUGGGCAUUCCUGGAGAGAUACCGCGAGGACCCCGAUUUCGUUGACGGCGAUGUGGCUCGGGCAGAGUUGCGUCUCCAUGCGUACUUAGCAGGGGUGAACGUCGCACCUGUGGAGGCAACCCACUCUGCAGUGCGACGGCGACUCUUCGCCAAGGGCAACCAGACGCACGCUGAGGGCCACGCGGAGCUCAGUGCAGAACACAUGCUGGACAGGGCAAGGCGUUUCGGGAAGGAGUGGGAGUCGACCUGCGAGCCGCAUCACAUCAUCCUUGGCGGCCCUUGCGACCCAGAUGAUGACGGCAGUGGCCAGUCGAGCAAGCGCGGUGGCGGCGGAGCCUGGAGGGCUUUCGUUCGGCGCGAGAGCGCCAACUCGACUGGGCGUCCAGACCUGCGAGAAUUGGGGAGGAGGUACCGUGAACUACCAGAAGCCGAACUGGCCGACCUUCGAGUGGUAGGCAAACAUGCUACUGAGCAGUGGCGGGAUGGCGCUAAUGGUACAGCAGUUGGCAGCUCGUUUGGUCUCAGGGCCAAGGACGUCCAACGCGCGCUGCACAGGCAACGUCUGGAAGGCCUUGCGUCGAGGGCCGUCGCCAUUCAGUCCGAGGCCCCCGUGGUUGACACCGCAGUCUUGUGUGACAGCGCCAUCGCCAGCGCUGUGGUUGGACGGUCAUACGCCGAGGAGUUCGACCUCAAAGAGAUUUCCAAGUCUGCUCGUGCAACUUUGCGGUCUGAAUUGAGGGCACUGAAGAAGUGCGAUGAGGACUCGUUCAAGUGCCUGACCGAAUGGCAACGCAUUCAGAAAAUCGACGCCGAGAAGACGCUCUACGAGACCCGUGCGAGCUCUCCGCCGCGAGCGCGGCAGUGGCUGUUCUUGCACUUGGUCGGCGAGUCGCCGCUCGAGGAGUCGCCUUGGCGCGCUGCGUGCGGCGAGCAAUCGCAGCCUGUCCUGAACGUGUGGUGGCACAUCAGCGCCCACAGCCUGAACCCCUUCAGGGGCACCUACCGCGUCCUCGACUUCUGCUCUGCGGAGGAGCGCUCUGGCGUAGAGGAGGUGUUGCUCAAGCUGGUUGACUGGGACGCGUUCGCCACGUUAUCACGGGAUGUUUCGUGGGCGUGUGAGUUCUACGUCCUUUGCGAGGGCGGGCGCAUCGUUGACAACUUUCGCCCAGGAGACGUACUGGUUAAGAGGUUAGUUACCGAGCCUGUCCCGUUACCGUUCUGGGACCCAACGAAGCCCAUUAGUGGGAUGCAUGGCGACACGGACGGGCUUGGCGAUGGAGAUGCAGAUGAUGCAGGGCACCUGGACGACAAGGGCGACGACCACGAGUUCGGGGACGGCGCGAGCGACGAGGAGGGCGACCAUUUCGAGCACGACGUGGGCAGCGACGAGGCGUCCGCUGAAGCGGACAGCGAGGACAUCCGAGGCGCCGAAUGCGUCGACCAACGUGUUCUGGCAUAUGCCCGCUGUCUGCGCGCAAGCUCGAAGUGGCCCCGCAUCCCCGAGGCAUUCGAACUUGCCGCCGCAGCCGAGGGGGGCACUGCCAGCAUCGCGCGUUGGUCGACGCGUUUGUUCACGAGGAUGGACCAGCAUCUCUCGAUGAUGAUUUCUGGUGGGAUUUUCUUUCUCUAUCGGAUGGCGGUGAUUCUGAGCCCCUGGCUGGCGACGAGGGCGACGUGCACGUGGUCAGCGACGACGGCGGAGACGGUGUUGGCCCUCACGAACCUCAUGGGGGUGAUGGCGGUGGCGGGCCCGCAGUUGGCCUUGCAGAUCGCGGGCACGCAGAUGCGUUUUUCAUUCACCCGCACGGCGCAGUGA